AGCUGCGCGAGUCUAAUGUCUGACAUGAUCACGUGCUGUCAUAAUGGCCGUGCAGUUUCCUCGUCCCGUUCUAGCAGACGAAUACGAAAGAUGCAUAGCUUUAGAAGAAGUUUUCGUGACGAAAGUCGAAGACAAAGCCUGCAUUUCUUCAAUCCUGAAAGCUUUGAAAUCCAGUCUUCCCUUGCCUGGUUUGGAGCAUUUGAAACGUGUCAAGAGUCUUGAUGAUGGGGUUAGUAUUGUACUCUGCAGAAGCAGUGAUGUGACGGACAUUAACUCAUUUUUCCGUGAAAUUUGUGAGAUGUGGAAUAUUAGAGUUGAUGGUCUUGGACAACCUCUGGUGGCUAUGGUACCUCGACAUCAAUGUCUUACCAGACAACAGUUUGAAGAUGCAUCAAAACACUGGCCAGUAAAUUACCACGAGAAUAAACAUGUCGCCAGGGCAAUAUCUGGUGAGCUCUUUGAUGAUGUAGAACUAAAGGAAAUGAAACAAUACAUGGAGCUAGCUAUAGCGGCAGCUAAUCAUUGCAUGACCAUGAAGAAAGAUCCUGUGGGAGCUGUAGUAGUUGAUGCUCAUACUCACUCAGUCUUAGCAAUAUCCUGUGAUCACACCUGUAAUCAUCCAUUACAAACAGCUGUAAUGGUAUGUGUGGAUCUCAUUGCACAAAGCCAAGGUGGUGGAGUGUACCAGCUUGGAGUACCCUUCGCAAAUGCUCAUCUAUGUAGUCAACUGAAAGACUGCAUUUCUAAUCAGUUUUCUAGUACAGAUCAACUUGCUGGCUGCUUACUAGAUAGACUGCUUGUGACUGGAGAGAACAGAGAGCCAACCACACACAAAACAGCUGAAAAUCAAAUGCCAUACUGUAGCAACAGGAAGAGAAAAUUGCACAUGCAGCAUGAUGAGAAAUCAAGUCAGCCGUACCUCUGUACUGGCUAUGAUUUAUACAUAACAAGAGAGCCAAGCAUAAUGUGUGCCAUGGCCCUUGUUCACUCUCGAAUCAGGCGUGUGUUCUAUCGUGUUGUCGACCCUAAUCGAGGGGCACUCGGAAGUACUUGCAAGCUGCAUGUUCAGCAUGGAUUGAACCAUCACUUUGAAGUAUAUGUUGGUGGCCUUUGUGAGGCUGAUUAUAUUAGUUAAAUCUUCAUCAAAAUAACUGUAACAGAACAAAUAUCAAUCUAGCUGACAAACUAUUGCCCAUAUCUCAACAAACAUUACAAAAAUGUACAAGUCAUGUAAAUAAGUAAUUUAUGCUUGGAAAU